AGGACCACAAUGCUCGGCGCUGCCGGUUCUUUUCUUGCUCUUGUUCGUCUUGCUUUCUUCCUCCAUUCUUGUUUCUCCACUGCUGCAGUCAUGGCAUGUCGUAGUUCAGGAGACUAAGAUUCAUCACUUGCGACGCGACAUGAUCUCGUUGUCACUCCGUCACAUUCCUAUGCACUCAAACCCGUUUCGCCCCGCACUCACCGUGUCGAACUAGGUAGCAUCAUAUCAACUCCGAGUUGAACGCUACACGGCACCGCAUGGCUCGUUGGCCGCCGCUCUUCGCUGUACAACCCUUUUCGCGCGCUCGCCGCCAAGGGUCCGCGCACUCGCGCAGCGUUGUCCGGAAGCGCGCCGAGUCCCGCCGCGGCCGCAACCUCCUGUCCGAGUCGUCCGUGGGUCUCCUCCUCGCCUCGCUCCUCGUGCUUCGUCCAUACUCUGCAUUCGCCGUCCUCAUCGACUCCUCGCAAGUGCCCCCUCUGCUGGAGAUGCAAGCAGGGUGGGGAGUGAGCCUCAGCGAGUGGCGCGCCGAUGGCAACUGCGAUGUGGCCACCGGGCUGGUGUGCGAUGAGGGGGGGUUCGUCACCAGCAUGACUCUCACAUCCCAGCAAGUGCCCUCGGGACUGCCGGGACCCUUCCCCACCGCCAUUGGCAGCCUCACCCAUCUCACAGAGCUAGCGCUUGACCUGAGCACCGGAGGAGCUGCUUCCAUUCCCGACUCCAUCAGCAGUCUCCGCCGCCUCGCCGCCCUGCAUCUCUCCGGUGCAGCACUGGCUGGCAGCAUGCCCUCAGCCAUUGCCCAGCUGACUGCACUCGCCUCCCUCUCUCUACUGGACAGCAACAUGACUGGCUCCGUGCCAGCCUUCCUCUCGGCACUCACGCAGCUCACAGAACUUGCCCUCUACAACGGGGCCUUCACUGGAGUCAUCCCCGAUACCAUUGCCUCCCUCACAGCCCUUCAGCGCCUCAUGCUGGCUCACAACAACUUCACUGGCAGCAUUCCCAACAGCCUCAGUGCAUUGAGCAGCCUCGAGUACCUGGCCAUCGGGACCAACCUGCUCUCAGGCUCUCUCCCGGCUGCCCUUGCAUCGCUACCCCUCCUUCAGUACCUGGAUGUGAGCGCUGCAAAUCUCAAAGGGUCCAUCCCGCCAGCGCUGGGCAGCUUGGGUCGGCUGCGAAUGCUGUCUCUGGGCAGCAACCACCUCACCGGCAUCAUCCCUACGUCCAUCACUGGCCUCGCUGAGCUCACCCUCCUCAAUCUGGCCGGCAACAAUCUCACCGGCUCCAUUCCACCCACUAUAAGCCUCCUCAAUAAGCUCAUGAUCUCUCCUACAAUCUCCUCUCAGGGCCCAUCCCCGAAGCCCUCAGUGCCCUUCCAAACCUCUCGUCCAUGUAACCAUGUCUCCUCCAUCAAUUUGGGCAACAACCAGCUCACAGGGCCAUUCCCAUCAUCGCUUGCCAACCACGCCAGUGUCACUUUUAUUGGGCUGCAGAGCAACCACCUCUCCGGCUCCCUGCCUGCCUCCCUCUCCUCACUGCCCUCCCUUGUCUACCUGUUGUUGGCAACCAACAACAUCACAGGAUCAAUUCCUGACACCAUCGGAACCCUCUCUCUUCUGAGCAACCUUGACUUGGGCUACAACCAGCUCUCAGGCCCCCUCCCUUCAACUGUCGCCAACCUCUCUCGUCUGCGCACCCUGCGCCUGGGAGCGAACCACCUAGUGGGCAGCCUGCCAGCCAACCUGCAGCAGAUGGCCAGCCUUGAGUACAUGCAUCUCGCCCAGAACAACAUCUCGGGGUCCAUCCCUGCAGCAAUUGCCAAUCUCACCGCCCUCUCCUUCCUGGGCAUGGGAGGCAACCAGCUCACAGGACGCAUCCCUUCCACCAUCAGCCACCUCACCACCUUGGCCCUCCUUGACCUGUCCUACAACCACCUCACUGGUCCCAUUCCCGACUCCAUUGGCGCUCUCUCCAGCCUCACCAGCCUGAACCUGAGGAACAACAAUCUCACGGGGUCCAUUCCCAGCUCCCUGGGCACCCUCGCCAAUGCAACCCUCAUAGAUCUGAGUUCCAAUCAGCUCGAGGGGUCCAUCCCCAACUCCAUCACUGGCCUCAUCAGCCUCGUGUACCUUGCCGUCAACCACAACAACCUCACCGGCUCUGUGCCAGCUGACAUGGGUCGCCUCACCACCCUGAGCCAGCUCGACCUGAGCUACAGCAUGCUUCAGGGGUCGCUCCCCGCAUCGCUGGGUAACCUUACUCUGCUGACGGACCUCCAAGUGGACGGCACAGGCCUGCAGUGCGCCAGGGGGGGCUGGUGCGAGCUGGAGCAGCAGAGCGCGUCAGCAUUCUGCCAGCGCUGCGCCCUCUUCUGCACCAAAUGCUUUGUGCGAGCAGCUGAUGUGUGCGCAUCUUUUCAGCACAACCCAUGUGGGUCUGGUGCCUGUGUCUCCCUCCCCAAUGGCACGUACACCUGCACGUGUCCUCUGGGCUCUGUCCUCGGCAACAACGGCACCAUCGCGCCCACUUGCGUCCCUUGUCCCGCAUGCUUCAAUGCCACAAGUCCGCCUCCUGCCAACGCACUACCUUCCAGAGCACCACCUUCCGAAGCACCACCUUCCGAAGCACCACCUUCCGAAGCACCACCUUCUGGAGCACCACCUCCAGCACCACCUUUCGGAGCACCACCUUCCAAAGCACCACCUUCCAGCGCACCACCUUCCAGCGCACCACCUGACAACGAACCAUCUGCCAAUCCUCCUAGUGAGCAGGCGGGAGGGGGCGCAACAGCAGCAGCACCGUCACCACCUCAGGCUCCCACUGGCAGGAGUGGAACGAAAAUGGUUGGGUUCGGCAUCAGCUUCUUUGCGGUACUGCUCCUGCACGCCCUCGCGCUCUGAAUUCUCCAAACAGCGUAGUGGGCACUGGGCAGUCAUAUCUGUACAUUGUUAAUUACUGGCUUAGGGCGUGACUUGGCUGUUGCCAAGUUGUGUUUUGAGGCACGCGGUUAUGAAGGGUUUGUUUGUGUAGCUUUUGUCGAUGCCUGUGCAUUCAUAGAUAGGCCCCAUAGGCUCUAGUAUGACAUGCACUAGUGGAGUGGAGUCGUCUGGAAGGGGAUGAAACAGAGGAUGUUGCAUGUGAACAGCUAGGUACCUCCGCUACAUGAAAUCUAUGAUGGUCGAGAUGAGUACCCUUUCAUCUAUAGCCAAUGGUUCUCUAU